AACAAUUUUGGCGCAGUCGGUAGGAUAAUUGCGUAAUAAUUACAUUAAUUGUGCAAAUUAUAAGACGACCAGAACGUGCGUCGAGAGAAAAUAGCUCAAAACGUACGGUAGCCGCAAGCUUUUGACAAGAGUCGCCGAACGCAAUGCUCCUCAUUUUGAUGUUACUGUGGUAAGUGGCUUAAUUUGUCUGCUCAAUUCCUAUUUUUCCUUGUGUACUAUUUUAUAUCUAUUUUAUUCUAUUUCUAUAUGCCUAAAUCCAUCAAAAACGAACCAUACACCAAGUCUCUAUAUCCCAGCUUAUCUCAAUCACCAAUACACGACACAAACACAAUGUCACUAGAAAUUAACACGUUAUUAAAACUCAUCCCAACAUUCGACACCGCAGAAACACAACAAGUUUACAGAUUUGUCCGGUCUUGUGAUUCUGCAUUCCUUCUAGCUGACGCCGAGAAGGAACAAAUCCUACUCGUCUAUGCACUCAAUAAUAUAACGGGUACAUGUGCUUCCGAUGUCCACUCUAGACAAUAUACUUCAUGGGAAGACCUUAAGUCCUAUCUUAUUGAGAAAUUCUCCAACGUCAAGACGAUUUCACAUCUCAAUUUAGAACUGCAGUCAAUGUUCCAAAAACCAGCUGAAAGCAUAACCGACUUCUUCCACAGAGUCGACUUAUGCCGAAGCAAAAUAAUUGAAAAAUUGAACACCGAAAUCAAAGACAGUACGUUAUUAGGUCGGAUGGCAACAACCGAAGAGACAGCCUUAAGCGUCUUCGUGAACGGCCUUAGCUCCGAAAUAGGUACAAUGUUAAGAACGCGAGGUUUCCAAAACCUAACUUUAGCUGGGCGUUUUGCCAUAGAAGAAGAAAAAAUACGAGCUAUGAACACAGCUAGGCAAUCUUUAUUUAAAAAUAACACAAAUCAACAUAAACCCAGCUCACAACGAACUCAAAUCGUUCCUAAUCCCCGUGCAACUUAUAAUUCAUACCCAUCAAGUCCGAAAAUCUGUAACUAUUGCAAAAAUCCAGGUCAUCUAAUAUCUGAAUGUCGUAAAAGAGCAUAUAACAAUAACUUGCGCAACAAUAUUCAGCCGAACCCCCUCAUACAAAACUCGCUACCAGCCUCCCUGGCACAAACACACACGUCCACUAAUGCAACGUGCUCUACCAGCUCCUCCAGCUUAUGCAAAUAA